CUGUUACAGCCACCCAGAGUCUUGCUGCUUGAGCAAUUCCAACUCCACCUCCUUUACUGCCAGACCCAGGCACUGCAAAGCACCUUUCAGACACAGCUAAGGAAAAAAGCUGACAAACAUUUAAGGGUUUGGAAAAAAAAAAUCUAUUUAACAAUAAGCAGUCAAAGCAAUUAUUAGAGGAUAAUACAGUUCCAAGGCAAUAUGGAGGUACCACGCCUGACUCAACACAUCAACAGCCCAAAUAGCCCCUGCGAGGAAAUGAUCAAGAACCUAAACUUGGAAGCUAUACAGCUCUGUGAGAGGGACGGAAACAAAUCUCAAGAUAGUGGUAUUGCAGAAAUGGAGGAGCUACCUGUCCCUCACAACAUCAAAAUAAGCAACAUCACAUGUGAUUCUUUCAAGAUCUCCUGGGAUAUGGAUGCCAAAUCUAAGGAUCGUAUUACACACUACUUUAUUGAUCUGAACAAAAAGGAGAACAAGAAUUCCAACAAAUUUAAGCAUAAGGAUGUCCCCACGAAGUUGGUGGCCAAAGCAGUUCCAUUACCAAUGACCGUUCGUGGACACUGGUUUCUGAGCCCUAGAACAGAGUAUACAGUGGCUGUCCAGACUGCAUCAAAACAAAUGGAUGGCGAUUAUGUGGUUUCAGAAUGGAGUGAAAUUAUUGAAUUCUGUACUGCAGAUUAUUCAAAAGUGCACCUAACACAGCUGAUGGAGAAAGCCGAAGCAAUUGCAGGACGCAUGCUUAAGUUUUCCGUUUUUUAUCGUAACCAACACAAAGAAUACUUUGACUAUACUCGUGAGCAUCAUGCAAAUAUUAUGCAGCCAUCACCCAAGGAUAACAGCGGCAGCCAUGGUUCCCCAAUCAGCGCCAAACUGGAAGGGAUCUUCUUCAGCUGCAACACUGAGUUUAACACUGGGAAGCCUCCACAAGAUUCACCGUAUGGAAGACACAGGGUUGAAAUACCUGCCGAAAAACUUUUCAACCCAAACACCAACCUUUACUUUGGGGACUUGUACUGUAUGUACACAGCCUACCACUAUGUCAUUCUGGUCCUUGCUCCGAUAGGAUCACCAGGAGACGAAUUCUGUAAGCAGCGCCUUCCUCCGCUGAGCCUGAGCGACAAUAAAUUUCUGACCUGCACUGAAGAGGAUAACAGCCUUGUAUUUCACCAUGCCCAAGAUGUUAUCUUGGAAGUCAUUUAUACUGACCCUGUGGAUCUUUCUAUGGGCACAGUCGCAGAAAUUAUUGGCCAUCAGCUAAUGAGUUUGUCAACUGCCAACGCAAAGAAAGAUCCCAGCUGCAAGACCUGCAACAUCAGUGUUGGACGUUAAAAAAAAGCCCUCCUGACCUAUACUGAAAAGCAGUUAACCCUCCCUAUUCAUUCUUACCAGACAUUCUUGUCCGGAUGCAUGCGAAAUGCAGCUGUCACCAAAAGCAUAUACUGAAUCUAGAACUCUUUAAUCCCUUCGCUGCCUGAAGAAGCCGCAUUGCUUUGCGUUGCAUUAUGGUUCCUCCUGCAGCAAAGGACUUAAUAGCUUUUUGUUUUUUUAAACUUUUUUUAUUAUUUUUUUUGUGAACCUGUUGCUGCUCUAAAACAUUACAAAAUGUCUUAUUCUCUGCCAAUUUAAACUUAGAUGUUGCAGUUUUAUGGUUUUUUUAUUAUUAUUUUUUGUUUGUUUAUUGUUUAUGUUUUUUUUUUUGCCAAACAUAACAAAACUCUAGAUGUAGACUGCUUUGGCAAGGUAAAAAUCAAUUACGGCUUUAUUGGGGUGUCUAAAUAGCAAAUAUUUUAAUCUACUAAAACUAUUGGGAUAACUCAAAACAGCAUGAAAAAAAAUGUAAUUGUAGCAUGAUUAAAAUCUCAAAGCCUAGAAAUGUCAGCACUUCCAACUAGUUGCUUGACAGUGUUAAAUGUUAAAAAUAUUAGCUCAACUGGAAACAAAUACUGUGUUCUGGCCUCAUAAGUAUGAUAGAAAAAUAUUUUAUUUGUACUGUUGUAUAAAAUAUUUACAAUCAUAUAGAAUAUAUAGAGCACAUUUUAUUAUCAACUGUAUACGUCAAACCAUUUUCCCUUAUCAAAGAUGUAGACUGUAAACUUCAUAUAGUUGUGUACACGUUCCUGUUAAUCUUGCGUUUUAGAGGUUUUAAUUAAAAAAAAAAAAACUCAAUUCAUUCUGAAUCAUACAGUAUGUUAAGAAUCAAGUCAAUAUACUGAAAACGUCACAAAGAUCAUAAUUAAACUUGCAAAUGGUAUUUUUUUUUUCUCUCGUUAACCAAUAAACAAUUUUAAAAACA